CCGCAACACUCCUCCAUCCCUCUCCCUCUCUGUUUCUCUCUCAUACUUUUCUAAACUAAUUCAACCAUGGCCAAGAGAAGAGUCAAGAAGCGCACCCAUGUCGGCGCGGCCAAUGCGCCCCACGACGCGCCCAAGCCCGGCGACAAUGCCCCCAAGAGCAUGGUCAUCCGCGUCGGAGCCGGCGAGGUCGGCUCCAGCGUGUCGCAGCUGGUCAAGGACGUCCGGCACGUCAUGGAGCCUGGCACAGCAGCCCGACUAAAGGAACGGCGGUCGAACAAGCUGCGCGACUACACCACCAUGGCCGGCCCGCUCGGCGUCUCCCACCUCCUGCUCUUCUCCAAGUCCGAGACGGGCAACACCAACCUCCGCCUGGCGAAGACGCCGCGCGGGCCGACGCUGCAUUUCCGCGUCGAGAAGUACUCGCUGGCCAAGGACGUGAUGCGCGCGCAGAAGCACCCCAAGACGGGCGGGCACGAAUACCACACGGCGCCGCUGCUGGUUAUGAACAACUUCACGAGCAGCGCGGGGGCGAGCGAGAGCCGCGCGGCCAACGCCGUCCCGCCCCAGCUCGAGUCCCUCGUCACCACCAUGUUCCAAUCCCUCUUCCCGCCCAUCUCGCCGCAAGCCACGCCCCUGACCUCGAUCCGCCGCGUCCUGCUGCUGAACCGCGAGCCCGCGCCCGCCGACUCAAACUCGUACGUCAUCAACCUGCGCCACUACGCCAUCACGACCAAGAUCGUCACCAAGAACGUCCCCAAGAGCAUCCGCCGCCUAAACAACGCCACCAAGCUGCCCGCCAGCUCCGAGAAGAAGCGCAAGGGCCUGCUGCCCAACCUCGGCAAGCUCGACGACGUCGCUGACUACCUGCUGGACCCGGACGCGGGCGGCGGCUACACCAGCGCCAGCGACACAGAGGUCGAGACGGACGCCGAGGUCGAGGUCCUCGCCAAUGCCACGCGCCGCGUCCUCAACCGCAAGGAGAAGCAGCGCGCCAAGGACGCCGCAACAGGCGCCGCGUCGCGGCCCGACGACGCCCGCGCAAACGUCGAGAAGCGCGGCGUCAAGCUCGUCGAGCUGGGGCCGCGCAUGAAGCUGCGCUUGCAGAAGGUCGAGGAGGGCUUGUGCGGCGGCAAGGUCAUGUGGCACGAGUCCAUCACAAAGUCCGCCGACGAGGUCCGCAAAAUGGACAAGAUGUGGGACCAGCGGCGGAAGGAAAAGGAGGAGCGCAGGCGCAUCCAGAAGGAGAAUGUCGAGCGGAAAAAGAAGGAGAGGGGCGAGACGGGCGAGGAGGAAGACGAUGAGGACAUGGACGCCGAUGAUGACGACGAGUGGGAUAGUGAAGGCUUGGAUAACGAUGGCGCGGGAGACGUGGGGAGCGCCGACGAAGAAGACGAGGACAUGGAGGACGUCGACGAGGACGACGAGUGAGCGCUCUCGCGCACCAAUUUCUCUGAUAUCAUUGUAUGGAGCUGGCUUAGAACACGCACGGGGUCUGGGCCGACAAACAAAAAAAAAAAUUCUGAAUCGCUUUUCCAACCUUGCAGCAGCAGCAGCAAAAAAACCCGUAACCCAGGGCCAACCAACGACACGCAUCCCACACGCCUCCCACACGCCUCCCUUCUAUUACACACGCGCCUCAGCAGCGGCGCCCAUGACUGCUCACUCACUCAGCCUUGACGCGCUUAUCAGCCGGCUGGCCAUUCUGCUCCGACUCCACGGAGCCGCGUUUCCUAGACGCGUCGUUCCUCCUGCGCGCCUCCUCAGCAGCCUCCCACUCCCGGCGCUUCUGCUUCUC